AUCGGAACAAACAUGUCACGGACGCGAAAUGCGCUGGUGCUUGAUGUGAUCUCAUCGUUGAGCUCUGCAAUGGUUGCGCCAGACGUCGGCAACAUCGAAGGCAAUCGCCGCGUGUGGGAUGCAUACGCGAAGGACUGGUCUCCAUCUGCAGACUACGUCGUGUCGAUGUCGCCGCAGUUGACGCAUCCACUCGAGGUGUUGGGCGACGAAUGGAGCUCACCAGAAGACUUGGAUGAAGUCCUGCUGGAGUUUGUAUAUCCGUUCAUGGCGCUAUCGCCCGCGCUCUUGCAUGUGGGUGAAAUCGGUUCAGGUGGUGGGCGGGUAAGUCGCCGAAUCGCGGCGCACAAGUCGGUGCAGAAGUUCACGUGCUUGGACAUAUCGACUGAGAUGCUACAACGUGCGCAGAAGACACUGGCACACGCUGGUCUGCUUACCGAGAAGGUAGUAGACUUUCGUCACUUGCCGUCUGCAUGGCCAUCGCCGUCGACGCUGGACUUUGUCGUUAUUUUUGACGUGAUGGUGCACAUGGACCUACACACGAUCUACCAGACCCUGCAGCAAACAUUUCGACUGCUCAAGCCCGGGGGGUACUGCUUCAUGUCGACGGCAAACUUGGUUGCAUCAGAGGGAUGGAAGCGGUUCCAGGCUCAGUCCAAGUUUACCAUUGGCGGGUUCUAUUUUGUGUGCCCGCAAAUGGUCGACUUUCUCGUGGCCCAGUGUGGCUUUGUCGUCGUCAAGACCUCUCAAGCAAAAAAAGUUGCCACCCGAGCCAACGUUUACUUCGACCGCGACUACCUUGUACUCGUGCAAAAGCCCCUCAUUGCCAAUACCAUUUGAAUGGCGACCUCGUCGCAGUAGUCGGUACGCGAUCGAGUGUUCGCUUCCUGCUGCAGAGCGUCCGCAUGUAAUUUCGAAUGGGCUCUCAUACAACAACGGCGCCAUGCCCGUGAGUCAUUUGGUUUGUGUGUGCGAACGAUAUGAACUGCAUCAUCGAA